CUGCUUUCCACUAUGACCCUGCUGUCUGGGGACCAGUCUGUGAGGCCCCAGCCCUAUGCGCUGUCAGAGCCAGGCAAGCACAUCAGCACAUCAUUGCACCAGUACACAAUGGACUACCCUGGCUCCAAAGAGGACUACCUGGACAGUGGGGAGGAUGCUGUGUUUGGAGCCGUAGAGCCCCCACGACGCUCUCGAGGCUGCCUCAUCCUCCACAGCCUUGUGAUGUUCGGGAGGGAGUUCUGCUACGCUGUGGAGGCAGCCUUCGUCACACCGGUGCUGCUUAGCGUCGGCCUGCCUCGCAGUAUGUACAGUCUGGUGUGGUUGAUCAGUCCCAUCCUGGGCUUCCUGCUCCAACCCAUCAUCGGCUCCACCAGCGACUACUGCCGCUCGUCGUGGGGCAGGCGGAGGCCCUACAUCCUGGUUCUUGGCAUCCUCAUGCUGCUGGGAAUCACCAUGUUCCUCAACGGUGAUGCAGUCAUCUCAGCACUAGUGAGUGACAAGUCUUUGAAGAGCAUCUGGGCCAUCGUUGUGGUGAUGUUUGGGGUUGUGCUGUUCGACUUCGCUGCAGAUUUCAUCGACGGGCCCAUCAAGGCCUACCUGUUUGACGUGUGCUCACAUCAAGACAAGGAAAGAGGUCUGCACUACCACGCUCUGUUUACAGGUCUGGGUGGGGCUUGUGGUUACCUGGUGGGCGCGAUGGACUGGGGACACUCGGUGCUGGGCCGCCUGUUGGGCUCAGAGUACCAAGUCAUCUACUUUUUCUCAGCACUCACCUGGGGCAUCUUCAUCACUGUGCACCUCUUCAGCAUUCCAGAGAAGCCUCUGGGCAAGGACCCAUCUGUGUCUGACCCCUCCUCUCCCAGUGACCUCCCCCUGAUAAGAUCGCACAGCAACGGUUACGGAGCUCUGCGUAAGGACUCCGUAUCUCCUGUCAUCCCAACAUCUGUUGGAGACAUGAGGCCUAGAUCUUUCUCUGCUCUGGGAGAAGCCAACUCAGUGACGUCCAGCGCCAAGCAGCCAAACAAGGAGGAUCAGAAGAAGAUGACAUUCAGGUCUCUGAUGAAAGCUAUCGUGAACAUGCCAAGCCACUACCGCUGCCUGUGCAUCAGCCAUCUGCUGGGAUGGACAGCUUUCCUCUGCAACAUGCUCUUCUUUACCGAUUUCAUGGGACAGAUUGUUUAUAAAGGAAACCCUUAUGCGGACCACAACUCUACAGCUUAUGUCACGUAUGAACGAGGAGUGGAAGUUGGCUGCUGGGGGCUGUGCAUCAAUGCUGUGUCUUCUGCGCUCUAUUCAUAUGUGCAGCGCUGCCUCCUUCCAUACAUCGGCCUGAAGGGAUUAUACUUUAUGGGCUACUUUAUGUUCGGCCUGGGAACCAGCUUAAUUGGCCUCUUUCCCAAUGUCAUCGCAACACUCAUCCUCUGCAGUGUGUUUGGCAUCAUGUCCAGCACACUCUACACCAUCCCGUUCAACCUGAUCGCAGAGUAUCAGCGUGAAGAAGAGUGUCCAACCUCUCAAAGCGAUGAAGAUGCAGCCAAUCAGGGAUACGGCCGAGGCCGACAAGACCACCACGAUUACACUUCCUGCUGCGUUGACCAGAGCCCCGAGCCCUGCACCCACGAUGAUCUGAGCCAGCUGGACCAUACAGAGCAGCUGCUAAAUGGUUUUCAGGGCAACACGGUGUUUUAUUUUGAAGGCGGCGGCUCUCCUGUUCCGGUGCAGUUCCGCCCUCGCGCUCUGUCGGCGGAACAAACGCUCAGCGCCGCUCGCUCCUGUAGUUGA